AUGGAGUUCGACGAAGCUGUGAGCAAUGUUUGCCAGCUAUUUCGUAUCAACAAGCUGUCAGAUUUUCAAUACAAUGCGAUAAAAAAGAUAACAGAGAAAAAAAAUGAUGUUUUUAUCAAUAUGCCAACCGGAAGCGGGAAAUCUCUUACAUACGAGGCUCUCCCGAUCGUUUUUGAUUGUCUGUCAGAAGGAAGUCCUCGAUGCGAAUAUCAACCAAAGAUGAACAUUUUAAUAGUUGUUUCACCAUUAGUCAGUCUAAUGAAGGAUCAGGUUGACAGACUCAAUGCCCUUGGUAUUAAAGCUAUCAGUCUGAGUCUUAUCAGUUCCGCAAAUGAAGAAAACGAUCUCUUGAAUGGCAGAUAUUCCAUAGUCUAUGGUUCACCCGAAAGCUGGCUAUUGAAUGAGAAAUGGCGGUCUAUGUUGCUCAGCAAUUCCUAUAGCAAUAAAAUAUGUGCUGUGGCAGUAGACGAAGCCCACAUUAUUAAACACUGGUGAGUGUGAUAUAUAUUCUUCAAAAUAUUUAUCUCUUCAUUUUAUUUCAGUGAAAAUGUACAUGUGUGAGGUGUACGUGUUUUUCAUGAUACAAAAUGUUUUGAAUAUUUACAUACUUCCAAAUCAAAAUAUACUGUAAUUUAUUGUGAAACACUCGAGGCAUUGUUGCAUCAUUGCCCACCCUGGUGCAUAUCAAAGGAUGGCAUGGUUCAUAUUAAAUUUCCUGUACAACUUCUAGACUGUCAAUUUUGUAAACUGAACUGUCAACAAUAAAUUGGAAUAAAUAAUAAUCAAUGAACACAUAUUUUAAUAUUUAUGUGAAGUUUCUUAUUCAAGAUGGCCAACAGGUCAAAUUUCCAAGCCUUCGGGCCUUCUUAUGAUACAAAAUCCUUACCCACUUCAGGCCCAGCCCCCCUCCUAGUGUCUGCCACUGCUUUCAAUUCCCCUGACCAGGAACAUAGGUGUAUUAUGAUUUUCACAAAUACAUUGUAAUAUGAUAUUGAGUCAUAAUAAAUGCACAUUCUUGUUCUUUGGUCCACCCCCCCCCCCCGAAAUUUUCAUUUUCCUGUUGUGAAAGAUUAGUGAUAUAUAUUUUUAUGAGUAAUAUUAAACAUGACUAGAGGGAAAUUAUCGAUUAACUUGCUCGACACUGAGGGAAGUUUUAUGACAGCCGAGGGCGAAGCCUGAGGACUAUCAAAAAAUUUUCCCAAGGUGAAUGGCAAUUUAAUCGCUAAUUUCCUAACUAAUCGUGUUAUUAGUUUGUAAUAUUAUGAUCAUCGAGGGUAUCACAUGGUCUUAUGAUUGUGGGAUGAACACUUUUCAUAUAUACGCACGCACAGAAACACAUCCCCAUGUUCAUUCUUUUUAGGCAUGUGCAUAAACCAUAUUUUAUCCCACAAUUUAAAUGUUCAAGAUUGUGGAAUAAAAAAUGGCAAAGUGAUUGUUCAUAUGUGUACAGGACGGUGUUGUCAGAAACUGUUCACAGUUGUGCUGAUGAUUUUCGAUGAGGUACAGCUCUCCAAUGAGAGGUAAUGGAGUACUUUCCCUGGGAGAUUUAGUAAAAGACAAAAGAUUUCUUUGUCUUCUAAUUUUGAAUUCCCUCAUCAAUCAUACAGGGGAAAAUUACAGUAUAAGACAAAGAAAUAUUUUAUCUUACUUAGAAGACAAAAACGUAAUGAGGGAAAUAUGGGAUUUAAAUUCCCUUUCAGAAUAAUGAAAAUAGAGGUGAUCAUGGUAUUAGUUUGAAAGUAAUAAAUAUGCAUGUAUUGUUAUUUAGGGGAAAAUCAUCAAGCAACAAACAUGCAGCAUUCCGUGAAUGUUUCAUGAAACUUGGUGAACUAAGGUCACUUGUACCAACAACAUUUGUUGUUCUUACUGCAACUGCAACAGAAGAAACCAAGCAAGACAUAUUUGAGGUUUUACUCAUGGCUGACCCUUAUGUUAUUACUGAAAGUCCUAACAAACUCAAUAUAACCUAUUAUGUAUCAUAUAUAAACAAAUAUGAUAAAUUGAAUGAGCUUUUUAAAUGGUUAACAGAUGAGCUGUUAGAACGAGGUGUGGACUGUACAAGAACAAUUAUAUACUGCCAAACGAUAACACAGUGUUCCACACUCUAUGCCGUGAUGAGAGAAAGUCUUGGUGAAAGAAAUUUUCUAGACCAAAAUAACAAGUGUAUGGUUUUGAUUGAAAUGCUUCAUUCAUGCACACCAGAAGCAAAUAAGAGAGAAAUUUUGAGUUCUUUUCAGAAAGUUGAUGGGAGUAUCCGUGUACUUGUUGCAACAAUUUCAUUUGGUAUGGGUGUAGAUAGCAAAGGAGUUACAAACGUUGUUCACUUUGGUCCAUCAAAAAAUGUUGAAAGCUAUAUUCAGGAAACAGGUCGAGCUGGAAGGGGUGGUACUCAUGGUAAUGCAUUUCUAUUAUACAGUAGCUUAUUGCUGAGACAUGUUGACAAGGAUAUGAAGUCAUAUGUGAAAACCGAAUGCUGUCGUAGAGAGUUUUUGCUAAGUUUCUUUGAACCUGCACGGUCAGUUGUAAAGCCAUCUCCAGAUCAUCUAUGUUGUGAUAGCUGUGCGUUGAAAUGUAAAUGUGGUCUCACGAACUGUGGUGUACAAUAUUGUUAUCCAAUUACAUCAAGCAUGCCAAAUCCUCUCGUGAUACGUGAUGUGUCUUUUGCUGAAAGAGAACAGUUAAAAAAUAAACUAUUUUCAUAUUACAAAGGAAUUGUCCAGUCACUGAAAAAAUCAACAACCCAAGAAGGAAAAGCAAAAGUUCUCUUUGCGCCAAAAUUCUUACUUGGUUUUUCAGAACAUCACAUUUUACAAACUGUUGAACAUUGCCAUAAAAUAUUUUCUUAUUCUGACAUCUAUACUCAUGUAGAGAUAUGGGAUGAAAAGCAUGCAGUACAGAUCUAUAAAAUACUUAAUGAUGUUUUUGGAGAUUUGGAGGAAUACACCUUUGCACUAGAAGAGAACAGAGGCGAUAAUGAUGAUAGUAACAUUGACGACGAAGCAUUUCAACAGUGGAAUGAAAUAGCUAAUGAUGAGGAACUGCUUGGUUUGGUUUUGGACUGCAGUCAGUUGACAUUAGAUGACACCUUCACAGACAACUCUGAUAGUAGUGUUGAUUUAUGA